AGACUACGGCUUUUGGUAUUCCUCCUUUACUCGUCGAUAUCAGCUCGCCCAGAAGUCACAUCUCACAGUUACCAUGGCUACAAAAGCAGCACACAAACGACUUACGAGGGAAUAUCAGAAUAUCCAAAAGAAUCCUCCUCCAUAUAUUGUAGCACAUCCCUCAGAAACCAACAUACUAGAAUGGCAUUAUGUCCUCACCGGUCCGCCGAAAACUCCGUAUGAGAACGGACAAUACUGGGGUACAUUGAUAUUCCCUCCCGAGUAUCCAUUUGCACCACCAGCUAUCCGAAUGCAUACACCCAGCGGCAGAUUCCAACCAUCUACGAGAUUAUGUCUCAGCAUCAGCGAUUUCCACCCCAAGUCGUUCAAUCCCGCAUGGGAGGUGUCGACCAUCCUUAUCGGACUGUUGAGUUUUAUGACUAGUGAAGAAAUGACGACCGGUAGUGUUAGUGCCUCGGACAGCGAACGCAGAUUAUUUGCCGCACGUUCACGAUGGUGGAACUCGACUGGGGGAGGAUCACAAACAAACCUCCCUGCAGGCGUUACAGCCUCCAGUAAGGGGAUCAAUAACAUCAAGGCUGGUGACGGCGGGUUGAAGUUCCGGACCGAAUGGCCAGAGUUAGAUCAGGAGAACUGGAAGUGGAUAAAAGAUAACCGUAUCGAUGCUGCGACAGGACAUAUCAUCCCAGACCCUAAUGCGGUGACGUCGAAUAACUGCUCGCCCGAAACCUCAGCCUUCCGUCGACGACCUGUUGGAAGUGGACCGCGUCUCGGCGCUGUGAUGGAAGGUGGGCACGUUGCGAGAGAGGCAGGCCAGGGCUGGGUUCGACGACACAAAUUCUGGGUUGGACUGGCUGUGAUUUUUGGAUAUGCGCUCAUAUCGAGGCUAUACCAGGACAUACAGAGUCCUUAAUCAUUCAAUGAAGCUGAUAGAGGAUUGAGUGUUUG